CUAUUAUAUCUUCUUGCGGCAAACAUAUUCUUGAGCCUUCGUUUGUCUCAUGACCCGCCACAUCGUCAUGAGCGAUUGCGCCAACCUCCAUUCGCCAUCAUCAUGCACCGAUACUCCGUUCGACCAAGAUACAGUUGUUGGGUUCUUACCAGAGCCGAAUUGUGGUCGGGGAACAGCUGGGAUUAUUUGGAAUUGUCUUGCAGUCAUGGUUUUCUCGGCGUGGACCAUAAUUCAUCUUGACACCAAACCGCUUCCCUCUUCACUCUGGUGCAAGCCGUUUCUACAGAGAGUAACCAAUCUUUACUGGAAACCAUGGAGGAGAGUUUUUGGAUAUUAUCGGGAUGGAUGCAACCCGACAGCUUUCCCGGGAUAUUUCGGGAGAAAAUCCCUCGAGGCACUGGUUGUUAUCCUGUUUCCUGAAUUCGGUGUCUUGGUUGCUAUCGAGGAGUUCUCAAUUGCCCAGCUGAUACAAAGUACCACAAGGUGCGUCGACGGCUGGGAGGCAUUUACGCUCAGACAAGCGCAUCUUAUCCAGAUGGGAGGCAUUGACCUUCCACAAAUCGAGAGACCGGAGGAUUUCGCUCAAUUCGUGGCUCAAAACGUAUCCUUGCUGGAUUACAGCCUAUUCCCAAGCGAGGACCAAAUAGCUUUACGCGCAAAGAAAGACUACAUGGAUAAAGCAGUUGCACUAGUCCAAGUAGUCUACUUCAUUUCGAACCUCUCUGUCCGCGCUGCGCAAUCCUAUCGUCUUGCCGUCCUCGAGAUGCUCACCUUGAACUAUAUCAUUUACGCAACCGUUAUGUUCUUGCUGCGCCUCAAGAAACCUCAAGAGUUGCAAGAAGCUUUUGAGCUUGAUGUAGCCAAUUUCCCAUCGACUUCAGCCUCCGCCGUCCCCGACAACUACGAGGGAACACGACAUCGAAAAUUUGAGAGAUGGACUUGGUGGUGCAUGGUUGUGUCCAUCAUCUCCGUCAAUAUCUUUUCGUUCACAAUCUCGCCUUGGAGUAUGUCGAGGAACAGCAAUGGCUUUGAGCCAAUAUUCACUCUCCUUUGCGGACUUGGUGUAGUUGCCAUCUUGAUGUUUAUGACCAAAGCAAGGUUCGAAGACGAUCAUGGGCAAUGGUACGAGAAGAGCUUCGCGAAAAAGUUUUGCUGGUAUACAAAUGUGCUGGUUAUGUACAUUGGUGGUUUCCUAUACGUUAGUACCCGGAUAUACAUCCUAACCAGAGCGUUCCAAAUUUUCAAUGUAGCACCAGCUGGCAUUUAUGCUACGCCAUCAUCAUGGACGAGCUACAUUGGUCAUAUUGGCGCUUAGAGGCGAGUCGAUAUUGCUUCUUGUGAAACUAGGCUUUGUAACAUGUUACAUUUAUAUGUGGGUGAGCAGAAGAUAGUGGACUGAGCUUGAUUGCAAUGUCACGGAGAAAUAUACGGCUAUGUACAAGUACAUGAUGCCCUGUGUGCAAGAUCAUGUGGCAGUACAUAUUAUGUUGCAGUAUAUGCAGUAAAUGAAGGUGUAACCGCGCAGGGCAGUAAGUCAGGGCGGAACCGCGCAAAGCAGUAAAAUCAGUAUAUUGUGUUGUUCUUCUGUUCUGUGGUCUGUCAUUACCUCUCACCCAGGCCAUCGGCAGGGUCUGUUUACAUCACAUAUCUAUGUUGCAGUAAUGGCAGAAGGUGCUUGUUG